AUGCCAUUUGGCUGCUUGAAAUCUCCGUUUUCGAUGCCAAAAUCCGACCUUUCCCUCGGAAUACCAGGGGAUGGCAGGUGUUUAUUCCGAUCCGUGGUCCAUGGCGCUUGUCUGAGAUCAGGAAAGCCAUCUCCAACCGAAAUCAACGAAAAGGAACUUGCAGACGAGCUUCGAGCAACUGUCGCUGAUGAGUUCAUCAAGAGACGAGCAGACAGCGAAUGGUUUAUCGAAGGCGAUUUUGAUACUUAUGUUGCACGAAUGCGAAUGCCCCAUGUAUGGGGUGGGGAGCCCGAGCUGCUCAUGUCCUCACACGUGCUUCGGGUCCCGAUAACUGUACACAUGUUUGACAAGAAGAAGAAUUGCCUUACGGUUAUAGCCGAGUAUGGUCAAGAGUACGGUCCUGAGAACCCGAUUCGCGUUCUUUAUCAUGGUUAUGGGCAUUACGACGCAUUGCACGUCUCGUCUAGUGGUCUGCAGUUUAAGUUGGACAAGAGAUGA